UCUGGGGUUGGAAGUGUGCCGGCCGGCCGCCCGCUCGUCCAGCCACUGCCUCGCAGUGACAGGCCCCUGUGCACCGUUUGCAGCCGGCCCCGAAGUUUGUCGGCCCUCGCCUCGGCCGAGCUGAGAAGGCAUUUUGGAGAUCAAAGAUGGGUAGAAAAGAUGCCUCCACUGUAAAACUUCCUGUUGAUCAGUACAGAAAGCAAAUUGGUAAACAGGAUUAUAAAAAAACCAAACCUAUUUUACGAGCAACCAAAUUAAAAGCAGAAGCAAAGAAAACAGCAAUAGGCAUUAAGGAAGUUGGCCUUGUCCUCGCAGCUCUGUUGGCCCUCCUCCUGGCUUUCUAUGCUUUCUUUUAUCUCAGACUGUCCACAGAUGUUGACCCUCAUCUGGAACCUGAUGAAAAUUAGCUCAGCAGCAAUCAAUGCAUCAUAAGAAAACAUUUUAUAAAAGGACCUUUUGGGAGCAAUGCUUUCUGAACACUGAGACUACAUCAUCUUGAGUUCUUCCUGCUAGUAUUUUCAUUUCGGAGAAAUAUUUUUUUUAAAAUAGUUGCGUAGUAUAUCAAGAAAAGAACCUUAACCUAGCAAUGUAGUGUAAUGUAUGCUACCGAAUACUUUCAUAAAUCCUUCUACUUACACAGGAAACCUGUUCAUGGUGCAUUUAGAUAAAAUGGGAAACAGAUCCCAAAUCCUUCAGAUGUUUUACCAGUCUACGUGGAUAACUCCAUCACUUGCAGAUUACUAAACCUAUUUUUGUUCCAUGCAUAUAUCAGAAGCCAAAGUAUAUAUCCUUAUUUACAGAAACAUACUCAAAUCACAUCCAGAGCCGAAGAAGGAACGAAAAGUCAUGGGAAAUUUGUCAUUUUACAAAGAAGUCUUGCUUUCUAUCCAGACAUAUUUUGUAUCAUUAGAGAGACUCUGCACAGACAGCUACAGUAAUCUUUUUCCUUCUUUGCCAACUGUUCAGUGCACAUGUGCUCCCUCAGAAAUGGCACCUGGAUGACAGAAGCGCAACGAGCCACAUAUGUCUCUAAAAUAGAGUUCCUUUCCUCCUAGGCCGUCUAAGCUGGUGUAAACAGAAAGUUCAGUUGAUCUUGAAUUUAAUUAACUUAUGAGACUAUUAAUAUAAACUUGGAAUUCUAUUUUAAUUAUGUUGUUCUGGCUGCUUGCGGUAUCAGUUUGCUUCUCUUGUUAGGGGUUUAUGCGGCAAUCUGUCACAUGAUUGUGCAGUCUUUUUCACAUAACGGUAGUAGGAGAAGUCCUACCUAUUCAGAGU